ACUCCGAGUGCCCGUGUAAGUCAGUACAGUGGUAUCGCGGACCAUUGUCGCGAUUUGCGAGUAUCGCUAAAAUUUAUUUAAUUUUUUUUUAUUAAAAAUUAUAAAAAUUCAAGUGUUAAAUUGAAGAAUUUUUAAAAUUGCAAAUUAUUGCAAAAUAAUUUUUUUUUUUUAAGGAAAAUUUUUGGAACUGUGCCGAAUUGUGGAACUUUAAGCGUUAAAGUGUCAUUUUACCUGUAAGUAGGUGACAAAAGUUUACACAGGAAUCGAUACCCAUCACUUUGCCUUCAGAUGAGCACAAGUGCUUCAUUGUAACAUAAAGAGAAGCGGCGGUGAGUUGAGCACGUAACAAGUGGCUCUGUUUCACCAGCCCACGGUCUCAAUCACUUGUUGGGUGAUCUGCAAUCUUAUGUUGUGUUACACUGACAUAAGGGGACGAAUAAUGAAGAAUGAGGACUAAAGAUGGAAAGUUUUAACAAUUGAGGAUUCAAUUUAACUGAGAUUGAUUAUUACGGCAAGAAAAUGAACGUGUGGAUUGUGUUCCUCCUUUGCUUCGGAAGUGGACUGGCACAGACCAUAGCGAGGUGUCCGAACCCCGGGGACAUCAGACCCUGCUCCUGUUCUGUUAAGAAGAACGGCUUGGAUGUAAUUUGUGAAAGUACAGAUCAUGGGCAUAUUAAUAAGGCCCUUACGGCUCUUAAACAGCAGAAUUCUGUGAUUUUUUAUCUAAAGUUGAGGCACAACAACCUUCCGAAGCUUCCCGGGUUCGUUUUUCUAGGAUUGGUCGUCCAGCAUUUGGCGAUUCAUAACAGCAGUUUGGCUACUGUUGAAGAAAACUCACUGAGUUCUAUUGCGAAAGGACUCACUCAACUGGAUUUGUCGCAAAAUUCCCUGGCAACAGUCCCUUCACCAGCUCUGGCAAACCUUCACGCUUUGAUAAUUCUGAAUCUCAACAGAAACAAAAUCCACGAAUUGCGUAGCAAGUCUUUCGCGGGGUUGGACACUCUGGAAAUUCUGAGUCUCUACGAAAACAAAAUAAACAGCAUCGACCCGGACGCGUUCAAAGGCCUUGACGACCGGAAAUUAAAGCGUCUUAAUCUCGGAGGAAAUCUACUUACAAAUAUACCGACUCCCGCAUUGUCAUCCCUGGAUGUUUUGAAAAAGCUCGAGAUGCAAGAAAAUAAAAUAUCAAGUAUUAAAGAAGGCGACUUUGAAGGAUUAAAAGGCCUGGACUCGCUAGUAUUGGCGCAUAAUCAAAUCAGCGAAGUACCUGCCAGAGUGUUUUCACACUUGACGCAAUUGAACUCGCUGGAACUUGAAGGGAACAGAAUAACUCGCGUUGAUCCUGACGCUUUCAUCGGUUUGGAAGAAAACCUCCAGUAUCUAAGACUCGGAGAAAAUAACUUGCACGUAAUACCGAGCGAUGCACUCCGACGUCUUCAUCGUCUCCGGCAUCUGGAUCUAAGAUCUAAUAACAUAACGGCCCUUCCGGAGGACGCUUUCGCAGGAUACGGAGAUUCCAUAUCCUUUCUCAAUCUCCAGAAAAAUUUAAUCAAAGUGCUACCGCCGACAAUUUUUGAUAAUUUGAACUCGCUGCAGUCGUUGAAUUUGGGUAAUAACAAAUUGAUCCAUAUUCCCGAAGAAAUUACUGGAGGAAUGAUUGACACUCUAGUAAUGAUCGACAUUACAGAUAAUCCACUUAUCUGCACCUGCGACCUGCAGUGGUUUCCCUACUGGCUAAAGAAGCUAAAAGGGCAAGACGACGACACGAUGUCCAAGAAAAGGACAGUGUGUACAAUGCCGAACGAGAGGCGGGAGUACGUACUCCAGAAUUUGCCCCUCGAGAAGAUGGGUUGCGUUAGCAAAGCGGGUAAAAUAUCAUCAUCUUCAAAUAUUAUAGCGUCAAACCCCACACAGAUACUAGCGCUCCAUCUAGCGUUCUGCGUAACCUCUAUAUUGCAUUAAUACCUUUGCCGAAUUGAAGAAUAACAGAAUAUCAUAACAAAAAGUAAACCAAGAAACACUCAGCCCUAUUAUUGUAAUUAUUUCUUAACAAAAAACAAACAUUCCACUUAGCAACUAUUUAUUUUAAAUUAU